AUGCCAGCGGUCUCGACGGCGGCGCGGCUCCCGCCGCAUGCCACCAUCUGCACCUUUACUCGGCCGGGCUACGCAGCUGGGACUGCCGGUGCCGCCGGAACGGCGCAAGAUGCUGCGAUAGCACUGGCUGAUGCGCUGAUGGAAGCCUUUCCGCGUGGCCCGGAGCUGUUCUCGUCGCGGGUGUGCGUCGGCUGGUCUUAUGGCGCAAUGGUGGUCUCGUCGCCGGCUGUCAGCGGGUGGUGCGACGGGCUAGUCCUGGUCGAUCCCGUCGAUGCUGCAAGCGCAGCAGCCGACGAUGCGCUCAUGGCUGAUGUCGGGCGAGGCCAGUGGUCGUUUGCCAUUGUGGGGCUCCUGGCCCGGCUCGGCGUCUCGCCAUACCUGGUGCUCGCUGGCGCCAUGCCGGAGCAGGCCGGAUGCGUCGGCCCGGUGAGCGGCAAGCCGUGCUGCCUCUCGGCCACGUCGCAAUUUGCUGCCGCCGCCCGCGCUGAGCUGGCGGCGUUUCACACUUCGCUCGAAGCCGCUCAGGCCAGCCCGAUACCGGCCUCGACGCCGAUCGUCAUCGUUGCGUCCGAUGACUACGAUCCGGACUUAUCGCCCCUAGUCGACCGCAAGCACACCCGUGUUGUCCGCGUUCCAGGUGCUGACCACAUGUUUCCUGCCCGCGGUGCAACGGCACCGGCGGCGGCCGAGGCCUUUGCCCGCGCUGUGCUUUACGGUCUGGCGCAUGUCAGUUCGUGCACAUCACGAACCUUCGAAUAG